GAGUAAAUCAGCUUCAAGGCCGGCCACACAAACUUCGUAGAUUCUCUGAUGUCGGGCAAACCUCGGGAAUACUUCUUGGCCGCCAUAAUCCAAAGUUGGCCAACCGUAGAAUGUCUGAAGCUAUUCUACCAAGUAUGGCUCAGGCCCACUACUUGUCUCCUGAACAACCUCUUCCCUCGUCAGCCCACCUAGGUCAACAUCAACCUGUUCCUCCGCAUAGACAUCCUUUCCUCCUUCAACCCCUAUUUCAGGGCUCUAAUCUACCUUCAGUCUAUUUAGGACAACAGGUUUCCUUCCUUCCCAACCAGUUCCUUCAUUCAAAUCAAGUCUACCAGAAUACUGGAGUUCACAACCCACAGAUUAAAGCUUCAAACCAACAGCUUUUUAAUCUCCAACCUUCGUCUGUCCAUCAAAAUAAGUCUCAGGCAGGUCUUCCUUCUCCAAACCCUCAUCCGUUCUCAUCAGAUUCGUCCCUGCAGCCUCAACAAGGUUCUCCUUACUCCCGACAUAACCUAGAUUCAGCAAACCAACUUCCGACAAAUUUGAACCCGUGUUCUGCUCCUGCUCAGAAUAUGGAAUCAGAUAUUGCAGCCCAGCCUGUCCAGUGUUCAAGGGUUAAUUUUCAAGGACAAUAUUCUGGUCAACGUAGUAGUGUUCCUAUUCAAUUUACUUCAGAUCUGACGAGCAAUCCUGAAAAAAUAUUAAGGCCUUCGCCAAUCAUUAAGCUCUCUGGAAAUAAAGAGAACUUAGAAAACAUCCAGACUGAAAUACUGACUGAGGAGGGUGAUUACUCUACCCUAAAAAAUCAGAAUCCAAGUACCCAGGCAGGGGAAAUGGCUUUGGAAACUGAUCUGAUUGGAGAGCAUCUGAAGAAUUUAAGUAUUGACAGUAAUGAGACUAUUAAGAAUACAGAUGCUCAUGAUCCAAGGGAUGAUGAUGAUGAUUCUGAAGCACUAGAUGAGGAUGAGAAUGAUGAAUGGAACGAGUUCCUUGAUCUCCAGUUAAAAGAAUGUCUUCAGGAGCUGGAGGAACAGAAGACCUGUAAUUCAAUUCAUAAUUCGAACUUUCUUCUCAUGGUUUUACCGCUGCUUAAGUCUCCUAUUUCAGUGAGUUCUGAAGUUGUAAAAAAAAUAGUGGACCUGUUAGUAAUCCCACUUUACACUUCGGGAAAAUUUGCCAUCCCCACUUCUUCCUAUAUGACGAGUCUUGAAGAGGGAGGGGUGGCAGAUCUUCUAAUGGAUUAUCUACAAAGAUCAGAUCUCAGAGAAAACUUGGAGUGUGUUAAAUCAAUAACAGGCCUGCUUCUUAGAUUGGUUUAUACUUCUAGAAAUAGUCCGCAGGUUCUUCAUUCUACCAUAUUUCCCGCACUUCUCUCAAUACCUGAUACUCAGAUCCGAUCUAACACACUGACAAUCCUGCUCAAAACUAUCCCGCAAAAUCUUCCAGAAAAUGCGCCAAGCUGCUACGAAAUCGUCCAAGUUAUUCAAGAGGAAAAUGACGAAGAACUUCUAAAAAAUGCUAUGCUUUGUCUCAUUCUUCUGAAAAAGUAUGCUCAAGUGGAUUUACAAAAGAUGAUAAGUGUAUUCUCCAUGGCAAAGUGUGAAUCUAUAUUGAAAACCCUACAAUAUGAAUCUUAAAAACAUGAAUUUGUAAAAGAAAA